AGCGGGAUCAUAUUCAUAACAAGAACUCGAGGAGAAAAAGUCUCGGCCGCAUCAUGGUCUCGGUGCCAGACUGAAGCCAGCAUUUGGACAUGGCGGACAAAGAUGUGAGGAAAGUUCCGACGAAAAGAAGUAGAUGCAUGACCACGCGCCGCACCUAGCCAACUGAAAACAAACCGUCUUCGAUUCGGUAUGGUUCGCGGCCAGAGCUCCUCUUCUGCGAAGAUGACGAGUCCUUUUUUUGUCACAGCAAGAGUUGCCAUGUUCUUGAGGUUCCUACCCAUCCUCUCACUCCUGCAGCCGGUCGUCGAGUUGUGCGGAGCAGGAGCCCCGAGUUUAACAAGAAGUCCCGCCCCCCUGGUCUUCCCGGAAAGAUCGAAGACUUCAUCUACAAACGUCCUCCAAAACAGCGCCCCAGAAGAACUAUACGAAGGACGAGGAGAGCGAGAGCAAUCCGAAGCCCAAGCCCAACGCCCUGAAGCGCUGCCCUCCACCUCGUCUCAACGUUUGAAGGAGAUUAUCGACGUACUCCUGCCGGACAAAAUCGCUCACCACCCAACCAUGUGAAGUGCAAAUCUGUCUGGGUCUGGAAACUUGUGAUGCAAGGAGUGGAAUAGUCAGCACACUGUAAUGCGCUGUCAAGCAUGACAAGUUUUUCCGUGGUUCUGAGUUGCGUACUCCGCAUGAGAAUAAACUGCGUUUUUGCAUGCCAGGCAAGAGGAGCUCUUUGCGGUGACGCAACACAGAGUUCAGAGUUGUGAUGCCAGACUAGCAUGACAAAUCUCGUCGCAACUUCCCAGAUGACCCAGACGCAUUUGCAUUUGAUAAACCACCUCGCGCAGGUUCAAGCACGAGCUGUUUUGGUUUCUGCAGUCCAAGUUUUUCCCGCGUGGGAACAGGCACGUCCUGGAACUCGGCUGCCACAAAGGGCACACGUCCGCCGUGUUGGCGCAGGCGCUCGGAAGGAGAAUGCUGGGUACUAUAUCAAAUGUAAAAAUGUCUGGGUCUGGAAACUUGUGAUGCAAGUCAGUCAAUAAAAAAUGCACUGUAAUGCGCCCCCAAGCAUGACAAGUUGCUUCGUGCUUCUGUGCUGCGUAUUCCGCACGAGAAACUGCGUUUUUGCAUGACAGGCGAGAGAGGCUGUUUGUGGCCACGCAACACAGAUUUAAGGGCCGUGCCAGAUCAGCAUGACAAAUCUCGCAAUCUUCCAGACCCAGACAUUUUUACAUUUGAUAUACUAGUAGAGUGGACGAUGAUGAAUUACUUCUACAGGAUCAUGAUGUUGAUAGUCAUUACGCAGUGAAAGUAAAUCAGCCUCCACCAGCACUCGUUCUUCUCGACAUCGACGCGGAGCACCUGCGCGCUGCGAAGGAUUUUUCCGCGAAAAUGCUCGUCCUGCACGGCGAAGAAAGUGGGGGAAGCAAGAAAGCAUCUGUUCUUUAUCCAGAAGAUGAUGCAAUAAAGAUUGCUGAAAAAGAAAAUGAAACCAGCACAAGAAGUUCUAGUAGUAGACCAACACCACCUCCAUCUUCGCCUAGUAUCCUGACCCUCC